CAAACAAAGCCUCGCAAGCUAUUCUGGCGUCUGUCGUCCUGUACAUCACGUUCAUCUGACUCCGGCUCCAUCAGAUGAUCGCCGUCAAUCUGGCCGCCAGAGUUUUCCUCUCCUUCCGUGAUGUGUGAGUGAAGUUGUCAAUCGAUAAGUGCCAUCCGCGUGUCCGCAGACCCCUUACGGUCCACGGCGAUGAAACUGAGGACCGAAUAGUGCGAGAUUUAAGCGGAAAAAUGAUGACCAAAGACUGCCCCCCUCAGUCUCCCUGCAAAGUCAAAACUAAGGCCGUGGCCAUAGUGGCUCCACAACGCAGCAAUAGUCUGGAUUAUCUGAAUUUCCAGGAGAAGAGGGAACUGAUAGCCUCUUCUCUCUCCAUAUCGGAUUUUUUGAACGUCGGUACCGAUGCAUCGAAAGAACUGAAGGAGACUACGAGUCUGAUCAUAGCUAAAAAACAGAAUGGCUCAGCAUUCCGGACAAGUAGCCUAGGUAGUGGUGGUGGUAGGACACCUCCUUUAGAAAGAAAAAGUAAAUUUUCGAUAUCGAAACUACUGAGGCCGUGGAAAUGGAAGCGAAAAAAGAAGUCAGAGAAGUUGGAAGCAGUAUCUAGAACCUUAGAAAGAAAAAUAUCUGUCCGAGCUAAUAGGGAUGAAUUGGUGCAGAAAGGAAUUCUUCUACCCGAAAGCCCUCUGAGCCCCAUAAAAUCCGAGCCAGAAGAAAAUGUCUCAUCCACCUGCUAUACGACGCAGAGCUCCCAAACCCCACCCCUUCAUUCGGCCCCAGUGACCAGUAGCAAUUUACCAGUACCUCAGGGACCACCACCCGCCUAUUCGAUGUCACCCUUGGCCAUGCACCAUCACAUGCAGAUGAACCACCAGCUGCUGCAACAGCAACUGAUCAUGAACCCACAGUUCGCGCAGGCGAACGCCGCCAACAACAACGGCAACGAACCAAAAAAAGAAAAGACUGAUGGAUUAACCCAGAAUGGUGCCCUAUCCCCGAGCUCAGAGAUGCCGAUGCACGUUCAACAGUCCUCCUUCGAAGAUAAACCAGAGAGGCCUAGCACUCUGGGCCAUGGAAAGCUCACCAGAAGGUUACUUUGCUACCAUAGCGAACAUUUCAAUGAUAGAGAGCAGCAAACGUGUACCCCUCCCAUGCAGCAGGAUGUCCACGGUGAGCAUCUGCCGCCGCCUCCUUCAUCGGCGGGCUUCAUCCUGCCCGAGCUGCCUGAACCUCCCAUUCCGCUAUCGGAGAUUGGACCCAUACCGCCCCCACCUAUGUUCAGUUCUCCGAGUCCGAUGCCCCGAAGACAAGUAACAACCCCGCCAAUAAUCAACCAACAUAUCGACUACGAUUAUGAAGAUGCGGAAGACGACGAGGACGACAUCAACAACGCCGUUUUCGACGAAGAUGACGACUCCGAGGAGCAUGUCUCCUAUAUGUUCCGUAUGCCGAGGCCAGAUCCCGCAAUUGAUACGAAUCGGAUUGAUGAGAUACCGGCGAAAGAGCCCCGCUUCAACGCGGUACCCCUCAAAUCCGCCCUCAAGAAGAAACCGAGCAACAGCGGCUCCACCGGUACACCCCUAAGCACGCCAACGCAGGAGAAUAGAUCUGUUUUGAAGCACGGCAUGGGCGAUUCAAGCUCUGGUUUUAGAGGGUCGCAACAGAGGGCUCGGAUUCGAUUCUGUACGAAGCCUGUGAAGUUCUCGAUCGGUUUAUCGUGCACCUUGGAGAACAAAGAGAACACCAUCAUUAUCACUGAAGACAACAGCGACAGCGAUUCCAAUGAUGGCCCCAUCAAUUAUAGGGAUGACAGCGAACUCUCAUCUGCCGAUAGACUGGCUUUGAAAAUUGCCAGAAAGGAGAGCCUCUCCUUGAAGUUGUCCCUGAGGCCGGACAGGCAAGAACUCAUAAACAGGAACAUUCUACAAGUACAAAGCGAGAAUGAGAGGCUGGAAGCGAAGGAGGCAAUUGGAGCCAGACUGAUUAGGAGAUUGAGUAUGAGACCAACGGCUGAAGAACUCGUGGACAGAAAUAUUCUUAAAACUCAAACACCGGCGGAUUUGAAGAAGGAGAAGGAAGAAAAGAAGAGAUUCCUCUUGCGUAAACUGAGCUUCAGACCUACAGUGGAGGAAUUGAAGGAGAAGAAGAUCAUUCGCUUCAACGAUUACAUUGAAGUGACGCAAGCGCAUGAUUACGAUAGAAGGGCCGAUAAACCUUGGACUAGAUUGACACAGAAGGAUAAAGCGGCUAUAAGAAAAGAAUUGAACGAAUUCAAGAGCGCCGAGAUGGCUGUCCAUGAAGAAAGUAGACAUUUGACAAGGUUCCAUAGGCCUUGACAAUUGACAAAGUUAAGGAAGAAUUCUAUAAACACUGUGAUGAAAAUAGAAUUAGCAAUCUUCAAGUAUACCCCUUGUUUGCGUCUGUCACAAAACCACGUUUAAUUAACACGGUACCAUUGAUUUAAUACUGCAUUGUGUAUGCCUGUGAUUGUGUAGGUUUUAUUUGUUAAUUUUUGUACAUAAGUGAUGUUUUUUUACUCGGAUCAUGUGACUCAUUACAUCUAUUUUAGUUAUCGGAUGAUCUCUACUGAAGAGAAAUGAUUGAUCAAAUUUAUGUGAACGUGCAUAACAUGUAUUAUAUUGUCAAAUACAUUUUGAUGUGCAAUGUAGCAUACGAAAAUCAGUCCAGAGAAAAUUGAGAUAUACUUUAAUUGUAUAUUAUAUGGUGUCUCAAAUGUAAUUUCUCAUCCUUCAUCUUCCAUAAGUUACAACAUUGAAAAACUGAAAAUAAUUAAAAAUCAAAAGUAUACCAUUAAAAAAUAACAAAAAAAAAAUAUUUUGAUCUGAUAAUUGAUAAUGAAAUCAUUAUUUCGUAUUUAUAUCAUGGAAAAAGUUGAGAAAAUAUAUUUGGCAUAACCUAUGUAUAUUUUCUCUGAAUAUUUCGGAGAACAUUUUAAAAUUUUUUAUAUGAAGUUAAUUGUUUAAACAUUUUUAUAUUUGAUUGUUAUUGUACCACAGUUGUUUUUGUCUCAGUUAUUUCUGGUUUAUCUUGCAUCUUAGGAAAUGUGUACUCAUUUGUGAAUAUCAUCUAUUAUUUAAAUAGUAAUUUAAGACACCCAGAUAGAACGCUAGCAGAGUUAAUAGUUUAUGAUGAUCUUAAUUAAGGACAUAACCCUGUGAUGUUGACUGAGAUUUUGUUAGGAAUAUUUCAGGUUUUAAUUUUUUCUAGGUUAACUGUGAUACAUUGAAGCUAUAUGAAUUUGUGAAUAAUUUUAACUUUGUAUUGUUUGUUUGAUUAACAAACAUAAGAAUAUGGAUCUCAAAAACCCUGCUCUAAAUUGAUUACUUUUCCAAGUUACCCUGUUGCCAAGUUUGCACGAAAGUGGAAGUACAAAGGAAUAGCUAUUUUCAUACAACUACUAUAAGAAUUGGAUAAUCUGAACAUUUCUUGUUUCUAAAUUUCUUGUAAACUUGGUUGCUUAAUAAAGGUCACACGUGAAAAAAUCAACUUGAAGUAUUUCUAAAUUGCAUGAUAAAAAGUAGCUUAGAAAAUCUUAGGAAGAUCGUCAGAAGUAAAUCUCACGAUAGCAGUUUGACUAUGAUGAAUAACACCAAUGUUCAAGCAAGCUUGUUUGAGAUUACCGUUUUUCUGAUGUUGCUCUAUAGUUUAGAUAUUUUCAAUUGAAAAUAAGUGUUAAAAACUACUGCAUUAAAGUUCAAAAUAAGAAGAUGUUCAAUAGAUGAUUUUCACCAUUUUUUUUUCAUACUUUCCUGAAGGAUAAAACUGAUGUGUAUAGAUAAAAAUACCUAAUAUAUUCUGAAUAUUUUAUCCAAGAACCAAAUGAUACAAUAAUAAUAUACAAAUUAACAGAAGAGUCACCGAUGACCUCUUAAUAUAAUUGCUUUUAAUUUUGUGCACUCUUUAGUUUUUCUUUCAGGAACCCAUAUCUGUAUUGUACAUAGGUGAAUUUUGUAUAUAUUUCUCUGAACACUGAAAUUUUUCUACACUCAUUUGAAGAAUGUAUUAAAAAAUAUGUUCCCAUAUACUUGAAAUAAAAAUUUUCCAUUACCUA